AGACCGGCAGCCGCGACAUGGUGGACAUGGUCCUGCUGAGCAAGAAGCUUCACUCGUCCUACGACGAAACCAACGCCAAGAGCUUCUACCCGUCGCCGCCGAGGCUGCACCAGCAACAGCAGCUCAUGCUGCAGCAACAGCAGCACCAGCAGCUCGCGACGGCGCAGAACGGGUCGCAGCUGAACAACGAGGCGCAGGGGUUCGACGACGCCGGCAGUGACUGCGACAGUGUUCGCUCCAACGGCGCCGGAGACGCGGCGCAGCACCGGAGGCAUCAGCACACCUACGACGUGCCUUUUCACGUACGACGGCCUCCAGGCGAAGAGGAGACCUAUUCCAAGGUGAAGAGGGUCAUGCCAACGCCCGUGCCGUCGGCGAACGUCUAUCAAGUGCCCCAGGUUUGUGACAUAGGAAGGAAAACUCUGGAGCGUCGCCGGAGCGGACAGUUGACGCGAGAGCUGGCCUCGCACCAGCAGUGGCUUCCUACGCCGAGGUGCCCCACGCCGCAGCUGUCAGACUACCGGACACCGCGGACGUCCAAUCGACCGCACUAUAACGGCGACGACAGCGACUCCGAGCCUUCUCCACAUCGCGGUUCACGGCAAGCUGAAGACGACGACCUUCACGAAGUCUCGGAAGCUGAAUGCGACCGCGAGAUCAGCAAACUAUCAUUCAUGAAAGGAGACGGCGGUCUGCGUGUCCUGAUGCCACCCGUGAACAGCCGUGAAACCCCAUAUCUGUGAUGAUCCGUCCAGGAUACGUGGAGAGACGUUUCAGACGACAUGCUCCUGCGUGAGAGUGCUAGUGUGCCUGUGCUGUGUGCGACGAGUUCCUCACAAAACUAAGAACCGAGUGGGGACUGGCGAAUAAUGCGGUGCUGCACAGAUCUCCGGGACACCUUAUCACCUCGUUGGGUAAACCCCACAUCUACGGCGCGACGCUGCGAGCACUCCGUGAUGUUACGUUGGACUGUUGUAUCCAAUUACUGAA